AUUUCAAUAUAUUUGAUUAAAAAAUAUGAAUUCACUGAACUAUAUGUGAAACAAUUAAUGACAGGAGUAAAAAGCAUCUGCAAAUGCAGCAUAGUCCCAAACUGCACCAUAUUUUAAGUAUAUCCUACAGAGUGCCAUGUAGAACAAUGCCCUAGUGUUUAAACAUUUAACCACUUCCCAAUCUACUACACUAAUGUGAUUCCUUUCUCUUUCUCCCAUGGAUUUGAUCCCCUGUGUGUCAUCCCUUCUGGGAUGUUUGCUGUGUCUCGGGAUUCUGGGAUUCCCUGAUGGUGUUUGUGUGUACCAUGACGACAGAGGCUAGUGCGUUGGGCGAGGCGGAAACAGAGGGCAAGCAGACGCCCAGUGGUGCUGAGCCGGAGGCAGAAGAGGAGAGCAAACGGGAGCCCUGUGGAGCUGAGCCGGAAACAGAACCGGAGAACAAGGAGAACCCGGAGCCAGAGGCCGCAGAAGCAGCCGUUCCAGAGGGGGAGAAGCCCAGUGAGAAGGCCUCAGAGCUUGGCCCUGCCGAGGCCUCCGCUUCCUCUGCCGCCACCACUGACGAGGAGCAGCUUGUGAAGCCACGCCAGCGGACCUCCGCCGGCCGGGGCCUCUCACGCCUCUUCUCCUCCUUCCUCAAGCGGCGCUCACAGUGCACUGACAUUGAGUGGGCUGAGGUGGAGAAGGCGGAAAAGGAGAGGAAGGAGAAGACAGAGGCUGGAGCAAAGGAAGAGGACUUAGAGGAGGAGAAGAAAGAAUCAGAGGCAAAGGGGGAGAAAAAAGUGGAAAAGGUUGAGAAGAACGAAGAGAAAAGGAAAGACAAGGAAGGAAAGAAGAAAGGGAAGGAGGAAAAAGUAGAGGAGGAAGCGGUAGUGAAGAAAGAAGCUGAGAAAAAGAAGCAAGAGGAGGGAGAGGCAGCCAAAAAACAAGAGAAGAAGAAAAAAGAAGAGGAAGAGGCAGCGAAGAAACAGUCAUUAAAAAAGAAAAAAGAGGAGGAGGAGGCAGGAAAGAAAGCAGAGAAGAAAAAGAAAGAAGAGGAGGAGGCAAAGAAGAAGAAAGAGGAGGAAGAGGCAGCAAAGAAAGCAGAGAAAAAGAAGAAGGAAGAGGAAGAGGCAGCAAAAAAAGAAGCAGUUAAAAAGAAGAAAAAAGAGGAGUUAGAGGCAGCCAAGAAAGAAGCAGUGAAGAAGAAAGAAGAGGAAGAAAAAGCAAAGAAAGCAGAGAAGCAGAAAAAGGAGGUGGAAGAGGGAGUGAAAAAAGAGGCAGAGGACAAAAAAGAGGAAGAAAAGAAGGAAGCUGAGGAAAAAAAGAAAGAAGAGGAAGCAGCUGCAAAAAAAGAGGUGGAGAAGAAGAAAGAGGAGGAAGAGGAAGUGAAAAAAGAGCUUAUAAAGAAGAAAAAAGAGGAAGAAGUGGCAAAAAAAGAGGAGGAAGAAGAAGUGAAAAAAGAAGAGGUAAAGAAGAAAAAAGAGGAGGAAGAGGCAGCAAAGAAAGAAGUGGAUAAGAGAAAAGAGGAGGAAGCGGCAGCUAAAAAAGAGUUGGAGAAAAAGAAAGCAGAAGACCUGACAGCCAAGAAAGAGGAGGAAAAGGCAGUGAAGAAAUCACAAAAGGGGAAGAAAAAAGAAAAGGAGAAAAAAGAGGAAAAGGAAAAAGCAGAGCAGAAAGAAGAAAAGAAAGAGAAAGAGAAGAAGGAGGAAAAGCUAAAGGCAGAGCAGAAAGAGGACCAAAGAGAAAAGAUAGAGGUGAAGAAGAAAGAGGGGAAGAAAAAACGUAAGGGCAAAAAGAAGACAACAGAGUCCCCAGAGGGGGUGCGGUCGCCCGCAGAGGAACAGGUGAAAGCCCCCAUCGCUGCACCAGAGCCGGAGCUCAGAACUGAACCAGAGGCUGAACAGGAGACGCAGGAGGAGGUGGCUGAGGUCCAGGACCAUCACUCAGUCAGCAGCGCAGACACUCCGGAAGAGCAGCGAGCCGACGCUGAGUUAGAGAUGGAGACUCUAGCGGCCGAGGAAAAGCAACAGCAGGAAACCGAGAAGCCCGAGGAGGAGGCGGCCGAGCAGGAGGAGGAGAAGGAUUGUAACGGAAGGGGGGAGGAGGAAUGGGAGAAGACGAAAGCGGAGGAGAAGAAGGCUGCAGACGGGGCCAAAGCAUCCAGGCGCCCGCGGAUCAUGCAGUGUAAAGUCACCCUGUUGGACGACACGCUGUUUGAGUGUGAGCUGGAUAAACAUGCAAAGGGCCAGGAUCUGUUUGUGAAGGUCUGUGACCAUCUCAACCUGCUGGAGAGGGACUACUAUGGCCUGGCUGUCUGGGAGACCCCCACAUCCAGGACCUGGCUGGAUGCCUCCAAAGAGGUCCGGAAACAGGUGGCAGAUUACACAUACGAGUUCACCUUCAAUGUGAAGUUCUACCCUCCUGAUCCAGCCCAGCUCACAGAGGACCUCACCAGGUACUACCUGUGUCUGCAGCUGCGUAAGGACAUCCUGAGUGGCCUGCUGCCCUGCUCCUUCGUCACGCUGGCCCUGUUGGGCUCCUACACGGCCCAGUCCGAGCUGGGCGAAUACGACCCGGAGGUCCAUGGCACUGACUACGUCAAGGAGCUGAGGUUAGCCCCGGGACAGGGCAAAGAGCUGGAGGAAAAGGUCAUGGAGCUGCACCGCACAUACAGGUCCAUGAGUCCAGCUCAGGCAGACAUGAUGUUUCUGGAGAACGCUAAGAAGCUCUCUAUGUAUGGAGUUGACCUCCACCAGGCCAAGGAUCUUGAGGGUGUGGACAUCCUGCUAGGGGUUUGUUCUGGUGGUCUCAUGGUAUAUAAGGACAAGCUGAGGAUCAAUCGAUUCCCUUGGCCCAAAGUCCUCAAGAUCUCCUACAAGAGAAGCAGCUUCUUCAUCAAGAUCCGUCCAUCUGAACAAGAGCAGUACGAGAGCACAAUUGGCUUCAAGCUGCCUAACUAUAAGGCCUCCAAAAAGCUGUGGAAGGUCUCCGUGGAACACCACACAUUCUUCAGGGUGUCAACAGUGGAGCCCCCGUCAUCCCGCUCCCGGUUCCUGGCCCUGGGGUCAAAGUUCCGGUACAGUGGUCGCACUCAGGCUCAGACCCGCCAGGCAAGCUCAAUGAUUGACCGACCUGCCCCACGCUUCACACGGUCUGCCAGCAAGAGGCUGUCCCGUACCAUAGACGGAGCUGAAGACAAUGUUCCCCGAGCCCUGCAGUUCUCUCCUUCCACAGAGACGAAGGCUGAGGACGAUUGGUCCCUCCGGCUGGCAGCUGACCAACCCCAGCCCUUUACAGAAUUACCAGCUCGAGGGGUGGAGACAUCCACUCUGAGCUGGGAUGAGGGGGAGUCUGUUCAGACAGUCACACAGAUGUGGCACGAGAGUGAGACAGGCCAGACAGUCAGUCAGACAUGGCAGGAACGGGUCCCUGAUGAACGACAGAAUGGGACAAAAGAGGAGGAGGAUUGGUCUGUCCUUCUCGGCCGGCAGCCUUCACUUCCUGUUGUUUUCCACUCCAGGAAGGAACAGCCAGUGAUGCACUCAGUCGAAUACCCGUCUGUCAGACUGGCCAAUGGGGGCAGUCUGGAGAGGCUACUACAGCCAAGGCAAGAACCAAGUGAUGAUUGGUUCGUGCAACUCAACCAGACCUUUGAGAUUGCAGACACACCUCCAUUCUCUCCCCCGCCCUCCUUGAAGAAGGUGGGGACUAGUGACAAGCAGGAGAGGAGGGAGGAGUUGAUCGGGAGGCUCCAAGUAGGAGUGUUCUUAGUGGAUAAGCUGAGGGAGGUGGAAGAAUUGGAGGAGAGGCUGAGGGAGGUGAAGGUUCUGGAAGAACGUCUGCAGGAAGUGGACGAGCUGGAGGAGAGGAUACAAGAGGAGGUGGAGGCCAUACAACAACAACAAGAGGAGGAGGGGAUAGGAGUGAAGAGGUCGGUUGUAGAAUGGGUGGGAGAGGAAGGGAAAGAGAAAGCUGAGGAAGAAGAUGAGUUGGCGGAUCAAAUAAAGGACGUGUUUCUGAAAGGGUUGCUGCCAGAAGAGUCACGGACAGAUGAGGGACAGAUGUUGGAGGUAGGGGCACCACAAGCGGUUGAGGAAAGGACAGGAGAGAGGAGAGUGGAGCGGAAGAAGAAGAAGAAGGUUACUAUAGUGAUUGAGAACGACUCUCUUACAAAUGAAGUAAGGCGGAAAUCAUCUGGGAGGUUGUCAGAGGACAUGAUAGGGGGUCAUUUCUAUAAAGAGGGACAACUUAUGGUAAAAUUCAAUGAACUUUUUGGGGCGGAGAAGUUAGGUUUACCUGUUGUCAGUAAUCAGCAUCAAGUUGCACAAGAGGAGAGGCUCCCAGAACAUGAAAAGGCCAGGGAGGAGAAACAGAAGGAGAUGGUGGAUCAGGUGGAGCUUGUAGAUGAAGGAUUGAAAGAGUUGGCAGGAGAGGAGAGGAUGCAACAGGCUUUGAAGGAAGAGUGGCCUGUGGCAGUUGAGGAAGGUAGAGUGGAGAGGAACGUGAAGAAAACCAAGAAAACUGUGAGAAUAAUGGAAGACGAGACACAGAGUAGUAGGCCUUGGGAUGAGCAGAGAUCACAUGAGAAGCUCUCAGAGGACCAGUUUGGUGGCCAUUUUUACAAAGAGGGGCAAUUAAUGGAGAAAUUCAGUGAUCUGUUUGGAGAGGAGACCAACCGUGUGGCCAAGGUUACACGAAAGGAGAGGCUCCAAGAACUGAAAGACGUGGAAGCUCUAGAGGAAACUAGAGUAGAGGACAGCCAGAGCAAGGCGAGGGUAGUGGAAGAGAUCAGAGAAGAGAGAACGUCUUCAGAGGAAAGGAGAGGUAGUUCUAAAGAGGGGGAGGUUUUGGUGAAAUUCAGGGAGGUGGUGGAGAUGGUUCAACGGAAGGUCACACAGAUGGAUGAUUCCAGGAAGGAUGAGGAAGUUGUGAAAGUGAACGUGCAGCCGGCCCAGUUGGACGACAAGGAUGAUUGGUUUGUGCUGCUGGACCGACUUUCAUACCCGACCCUUUAUAAGCCUCCAGUCGUGUCAGUCGAGACAUUGCCGGUGCCUCUGGCCUCGACAAGAUUCUCUGUGGUGUUAGUUGAAGAGGAAGAACUGGGGAUUGAACCCAUUGGUGAGGAAGCCAUUCCGGAUGCCACCGUUUUAGCCCUUCCACCAAUGCAAGGGCAGGAAGAUGAUUGGUUUGUGCUCUUGGACCUGGCUAAGCGUAUUCCCUCUGGUAUACCCACCACGCCGGCUUCAGCUUUUUUGGAAAAGGAAGCAAAGGAAUAUCUAGACAAUACCAUUGCGCUCGUGGUUGAAGGGAUGACCAAAGAGCAUGUAGAAAAGAGAAGGGAGAUCGUAGUGGAAGAGAUGCAGAUACAAGACGAGACACAUCCACAAGAAAUGACACUUCCAACACAGGAGGUUGAAGACGACUGGUUUAUAUUGUUGGAUAUGGUUCCCAGAGCAUGGUCUGUGAUUCCACAAGCUUCGUUGGAACAGCACCUUCCUGUAUAUCCAGAAAAGAGCAGGUCUUCCAUGUCAGAAGAGAUGACGGUAGAGCCAAAAGAUGAGCGAGUGUUAACAGUGACUGUUGUGGACGAUAUGAAGUUAGAAGAAGAGGGGAGUUAUUUCCAGCAGAAACCUGCACAGUCACAGAGAGAGAUGAAAGAUGACUGGUUUAUUCUGCUGGAUAUUGUUCCUAGAGAAUUGUCAUUGAGUCCAUCAGGUUUUUUGGAACAUCGUAGUCUGGUAUCUCAAGAAGAAAGCAUCUCUGUGGUUGAAGUAAGAGAGGAUAGAAUGGUGGAUUUAGUGAAAGAGCUGAAGAUACAGCCAGAAGAUACUCAUCCACAACAGAUUGUUUUGGAGCAAAAAGCAGCACAACCAUCAAAAGAGAGAGAGGAUGACUGGUUUAUUAACUGGGAUGUUGUUCCCAAAGAACCAUCUGUUAUGCCAUCAGAAAAGAAGGAGGAGAGAAAGGUGACUGUGACUUUUGUGGAAGAGAGGACAAGGGACAGAUGUGAAGAUAAAACUAUAAAUCCAAUACAGCUGUCAAGAGUGAUGGAUGAUGACUGGUUUGUGCUACUGGAUGUUAGACCCAGAGAAGCCACCUAUAUUCCACCAGUGGUUCCAGAAAAGCCAAGACCAGUGUGUCUUGAUGUUGUCAGCCCUGUGCUUGAGGUCAAGUUGGUAGAGCAGAAACCAGCAGGGGUUUUGGUGCAGGAUAUGAAAUGGCAACAGGAAAAGGAAGUAGAGGAGAGGCCUCCACAACCAUUGAAAGAUGAUGAUUGGUUUACACUCCUUGAUGUUGUCCAUAAAGAGCCAAUAAUUAUACCAGAAGCUGCUCUAGGGCCAGUGGUUUACCCUGAGGUAAGCAUUGUAACAGCUGUUACCGUAGCGGAAGAUACAGUGGAACCAAAACUUCCAAAGACAGGGAGGUUCGUGGAAGAGGCCAUUAUGAUGAAGGAAAGGCAUGUGGUAAUGCCCAGAGGGGUGGAUGAUGAUUGGUUUAUACUUUUGGACCACAUUCCUUCAGAGAUUCUGACAACUCCCACAGCGUUCCCCAUAGAAAGACAGGUUAGAGAGCAGGUACCACAGAUAAUUGUGGUGGAGGAAACUAGAAAACAAGAGAGAAUGGUAGAGAACAGACAUCAACAGGAGAUUAUACUGGUACAAACACUGCCAGCCCAGCAGAGAGAGGAGAAAUAUGAUGAUUGGUUCACACUCUUUGAUGGUACUCGCCAAGAACCUGCAAAGAUGCCAACAGUUGCUCUUCGUGAGCAUAUCCAGAUUUAUCCUGACUUAACGCCUGUGGCCAAAGUUCCAACCACUCUUCCCCAGCCCAAUGUGGUGGCUGGUGUCCAGGGGGAGAGGCUCCUGUUUGAGUGGAGGAUUCUGCAGGAGAGACCAGCAACACCUCAGAGAGAGGUGGACGAUGAUUGGUUCAUGUUGCUGGAAAAAGACUCAGUGGCAGGUACCCACAAGGCGGCCCGCCCGGUCAGUGCCCCAGUCUUCUCCCAAGCAGCCCUGAUAGAGGCAGGGAUCCCCAUGGGCCCCCUGGACCUCCAGCAGCCCCAGACUUCAACUCCCAUAAGGCUGCCGGCCCACCAGGAGGACAGGAAGCUUGAGGUCACUGUAGAGGCUGUGGAUGAGGGCUCGGCUGAGGUCAAGUCUGAGCUGAUGGACAUUGAAGAGCCGGUGCGAUUGAGGAAGAAAAAAUCUAAGAGAAUUGAGGGUGACUCAAUUUAUAUCAGACAUAGCCUUUUAAUGUUGGAGGACUUUGAUAAGCCCCAGGAGGAUGUGAUGAAGCACCAUGCCAGUAUCAGUGAGCUGAAGAGGAACUUCAUGGCGUCUGUCCCAGAGUCCCGGGGGCCCAGUGAGUGGGAGAAGCGCCUGUCUACCCACUCCCCCUUCCGCAGCCUGGGUAUUAAUGGGCAGCCGCUGCCUGGUCCCGAUGGGUGCAAGUCAGAUCGGGGGAAGAGUGUGUUCAUUACCCCUAUAUGGGAAGAGUCAGAACCCUUGCUACUACAACAGGAGGAACCUGGCAGCACCACCAGGCCAUGGAGAGGGCCCAGUCCUAGCCCUUCUAAUAGCGCAGGGCCUGGACCUGAUAGUUGUCAAAACCCCAGAUCCCACGAUGCACCUGGGAUGGUGGGGUCAUGUGAUCAACACGACGAGGAGGUGGAUGGCGAGGAGGGCGUUGGCUCUGGGAUAACCAAGAGCCAGAUACCCAUCGUUGAGGUGGAGAGGGCACAGCUGCCCCUCUCCCUUCACCUCCACGGUAGAGAGCCGGAAGAGGAGGCGAAGGAAGAGCCGUCAGACACUGGGUCGGGGGUGGAGCAGCCCGGCGGGAUAGCUGGAGCCUCCCCGGCCUUCUGUUUCGUGAGCGGGGGUCCCCAUGUCAUACGUUGUUUCCAGCCUCCUCUGGUGAGGACCCAGACAGUCACCAUCGCUGACGUCUCCAACUCCUUCCCUACUGACGUCACCACUAAGCAUGUCCCUAUCAUUCAGACCCAGACCAAGACCAUCACCUAUGUGGCUGCACAGGUGUCUGUUGAUGGGGCAGAGGAAGAGAAAGACGACUCAGCACUGAGCAGCAUGCAGACCACGACCUCUGAGAGCAGCAGCAGAACCAGUGGCUCCGCUGUCACCACGACCACCACUCACAUCUCAAAGGUGGUAAAAGGAGGCAUGUCAGAGACCAGGGUGGAGAAAAGGAUUGUCAUCACAGCAGACUCGGAGGCUGACAUAGAACAGGGAAGCGACGGUGGAGCGUCCACAUAAUGACUCGGCCCAACACAGUGAACAGCCCUGGGGUUGACGUCACAACUAGAGGGGAUAUUCCGUACACCUCCUCAAGCCAUAAGGACAUUUUGACUGGCCCCCUCCAGAACCAUUGUGGUUACAUCCCAAAUGACACCCUAUUCCCUAUAUAUGGCACCACUUUUGACCCAAGUAGCCAUCAAACUUAGUGCACUACUAAGGGAAUAGGGGGCCAUUUGGAAUGUCUCCCUGCUCAGUCAAGUACAUACAGUAUAAA